AUGGGAAUGCCAAGUUUCAAACACCUCUUUGCGAGUUCCAGUGAGCUCUAUGGCACAUCCCAGACAGUGUUGGUGUACCUUUUGAUUAGAUGUUGCUUGACACAGGAUUUCAGAGCUCCUCCUCUUAUCCCAGAUAAGCCUUUCCUCUGGGCCUGGAAUGCCCCAACGGAAUUGUGUGUUGGAAAGUUUAAUGAGCCACUAGACUUAAAGCUCUUCUCCUUUAUGGGAAGCCCUCGAAAAACAGCCGUAGGGCAAAGUGUUACGAUAUUUUAUAGCAAUAGACUUGGCUACUACCCUCACAUAAAUACUGCACAAGAGAGUAUAAAUGGAGGGAUCCCCCAGCUGGCAUCUUUACAAGACCAUCUGAUGAAAGCUAAUGCAGACAUUUUGUAUUACAUGCCCACAGACAAACUGGGCUUGGCUAUCAUUGACUGGGAAGAGUGGAGACCCAUUUGGGAAAGAAACUGGGCACCUAAGGAUAUUUACAGACACAAGUCGGUCGAGUUGGUUCAGCAUCGUGAUAUAACCUUAAACGUCUCAGAAGCCAUUGAUCAGGCCAAGGCAGAAUUUGAAGAGGCAGGGAAGAAUUUCAUGCUAGAGACUUUAAGAUUGGGAAAAUCGCUUCGGCCCAACCACUUAUGGGGUUACUAUCUCUUCCCAGACUGUUACAAUCAUAACCCUCAAAGACCCAAUUACAAUGGACAGUGCCCCAAUAUAGAAAAGAAAAGGAACGAUGCCCUCCACUGGUUGUGGGAAGAAAGCACGGCCCUCUAUCCAUCCAUUUAUUUGAGAAGCGAAUUAGCAGCAUCACCCAAAGCUGUCCUGUACGUGCGCAACCGCGUCCAGGAAGCCAUCAGAGUCUCUAAAGUGCGGGAUGCUAGGAGUCCACUGCCGAUUUUUGUAUAUGCUCGUCUGGUUUUUAGUGAUCUAACUUUACAGUUCCUUUCUCAGGAGGACCUUGUGAAUACAAUUGGAGAAACUGUUGCCCUGGGGGCUUCUGGAAUGGUUAUAUGGGGCACUCUUAGUUUAGCACGAAAUAUGAAAUCUUGUCUGAAUUUACACACUUACUUGGAUACUACAUUGAAUCUUUACUUAAUCAACGUCACCCUAGCAGCCAAAAUGUGUAGUCAAGUACUUUGCCAGGAUCAAGGCGUGUGUACAAGGAAAUACUGGAAUUCAAGUGACUAUCUUCACUUAAACCCACUGAAUUUUGAAAUUCAAUCGCCACAAGUUGGACAGUAUGUAAUACACGGGAAGCCCACACUUCACGACCUACAUCAUUUCUCCAGAAGAUUUAAAUGCAGCUGUUUUGCAAACUUGAAUUGCAAGCAGAGAGCUGAUGUAGAAAAUAUCCAUACUAUUAAUGUGUGUGCUACUGAUGAUAUUUGCAUAAAUGCCUUUAUCAAAAAGCCAGCCCAACCUCAGAUUGUCGGUUCAGUAGUAGGGAAUUCUUCUGUUCACAUCAAUGACUCAUCUGCCCAAUCGUGUGCCACAAUGUCUCAUCAUAUUCCUUGGAAAGAUCUCAUAUAUGGCUUCAUUCAUUCAACCAUCUCACCGUUCUGUAUUAUGAAGAGUAUGCGUCCUCUCCAGUGGGCUCUGCCUCUUGAGAUCAGUGACACUGAAUUGCCAGUCCUGGGCCUUUGGACUCAGGGCCUGAGCACUGUCCCUGGC